CCAAGUCUGUUGCUGGGAUUCCAGUACCCUUCUAAAUGGUGAACUCGCAUUGUGGUUAAAGGUGCCAUUUAUGUUACAUUAGUCACACGCGUGAGAGCUUCUCCACAGAAACGCGGAGGGCAAGUAUGGGGGCUGCCGUCGACGUCAUGGUUGUGGUUUAUAGAAUAUAUAAGUGAAAUGGCGGUGUUACGCAUGCAUCAAAAAUGUUGAUGAAACAGACGCCCCUUUUGUCUGGGGUCCCUUCUUUGAAUGAGGUCAUUUCGCUGCCUCACAUUAUUGAUGUUUAACGAGCAGUGGCCAUUUUACCACGUCCCCAGAUCCCCGCCGCCGCCAUCACACGCACAAAAGGAGGGCUGCAUAAAUAAACACGCGCACACUGCAGCUUUAUUUGGGGAGGUUUAUUUACGCUCUAUUAUCACCACCUCUUCCACCGCUUUGGGAAGACGGGGGAGGCUAGCCAAACACACGACGACUAGAAGGCGGGAGAGGGCAAGUUCUUAGGGUGCUAGUGGUAGAGAAAAGGAUGGGAUCCACCCCCACACCCCCCCCUCCCUUUCGCCAAUAGCCGAAGGCGGAGCUGCCGCGCCACCCCGCACCCCCACCAGUCCCCCUCCUCCCCAAUGGUCUCUCCCAGAGGUUACCGGAAGUUGUUAGGCGCUGCCAUAUUCUCAGCUGCUUUGUUGUAGGUUUCGUGUAGUGAUCCUUCGCAGACUUUUUUUUUUUUUUUUUUACCUUCUUCCUUUUUUUCCUCCUCCAAGCGCUGCGCUCCCUCCUCCCUUCCCUCUCUUUUUUUUUCACUCCCCUUCCUUCCCCGGGAACGCCAUGGAGGCCAACUGGACCGCUUUCUUGUUUCAGGCUCAUGAUGCCACUCAUCAUCAUCACCACCACCACCAUCAUCAGCAACAGGCAGCCCAAAAUAGCCUGCUACCACUUUUGGGUUCUCCUGUUGAGCCCCCUGAUCAGAAACCAAUGUUACCUUUGCCAGUAACACAAAAACCUCAGACUCAGGCAGAACCUUUAAAGGAACCUGUAGUAGUGAAGAAGGAAAAGCCCAAAACUUCAUUUAUAUGCACAUACUGCAGUAAAGCUUUCAGGGACAGCUACCAUUUGAGGCGCCAUGAGUCCUGCCAUACAGGAAUUAAAUUGGUGUCACGGCCAAAGAAAGCCCAGAUGGCCCCGGUCGUACCCCUUAUUUCAACUAUUGCUGGAGACAAUAACAGAACAUCAUUAGUGUCCACAAUUGCCGGGAUCCUGUCCACAGUUACCACUUCAUCAUCUACCACAGUACCUACUGCCAGUCCUAGUAUCCCUCCUAUGCCUGUUGCACCACCAGUAAAGAAGCCUAGCAAGCCUGUCAAGAAGAAUCAUGCUUGUGAGAUGUGUGGGAAAGCAUUCAGGGAUGUUUACCAUCUCAACAGGCACAAAUUGUCUCACUCAGAUGAAAAGCCCUUUGAAUGUCCCGUAUGCAAUCAGCGUUUCAAAAGAAAAGAUCGCAUGACUUAUCAUGUUCGAUCUCAUGAAGGUGGAAUCACAAAACCCUACACAUGUAGUGUUUGUGGAAAAGGUUUCUCUAGGCCUGAUCAUUUAAGUUGUCAUGUGAAGCAUGUUCACUCCACAGAACGGCCCUUCAAAUGCCAAACUUGCGCUGCUGCCUUUGCCACAAAAGAUAGACUUCGAACACACAUGGUUCGCCAUGAAGGAAAAGUUUCUUGUAAUAUUUGUGGCAAACUUCUCAGUGCAGCAUACAUCACCAGUCACCUAAAAACACAUGGGCAAAGCCAAAGUAUCAACUGUAAUACCUGUAAGCAAGGGCAACUCCAUGAACUUCAAACUCCUGUUCAUUGUCGAAUCAAAUAUGAAGCUCCAGACUCACUCUUUUGUGCUGUGGAUCAGAAUCAUAGGACAUUUUCAAUAGAUACAAGCAAUUUGUGCCAAACAUCUACUACGUCCCAGACACCUGUUACACUUACAUCUCCCUUCAAUAUCACAUCUUCCAUUGCAGCAUCUGGAACCCUCACAAACCCUGUAACUGUGGCAGCUGCCAUGAGCAUGAGAAGUCAAGUGAAUGUUUCAAGUCCUGUCAACAUUACUUCUCCAAUGAAUCUGGGUCAUCCUGUUACAAUUACAACUCCAAUUUCUAUGACCUCUCCCUUGUCCUUAACUUCACCUGUAAAUUUGCCUACACAAGUUUCUGCUCCUGUGAAUAUAGCACAUCCAGUUACUAUAACAAGCCCUAUGAAUCUGCCCACACCAAUGACGUUAGCGGGCCAGUUAAAUAUAGCUAUGAGACCAGUGGAAAGCAUGCAAUUUUUGUCUCAAGCGCUGCCAUCUUCACCGCCUUGGUAAAGAACACUCACCACAGUAUUAAAAAGUUGUACCGUAGAUAUCUACCAGCAGCUUUCAGUAAUGUCUUUGAAAAGGUCGCAGAAAUGCUUGCUGACCCUUGAGUUUAGCCAAUUUCAUUUGUCCUUGAGCCUUCAUAUUUAUUGUCCAGGAACAUGCCAAUUAAUAGAGGGGAUCAGAAUAGGGAAAAUGAAGAAAAGUAUAGUGUAGAAGACUGUUUUAUGCUUGAAGUCAUAGCAAACAUUGUAUUAAGAUUUUAACCUGAAAUCUUGGGCCUUUUUGAAAGAAAACGAUAACACUAGCAACCAAUAUCUUAAUUUUAUUCUCAUACCUUUGAACAAAUUCUAGUGCAGUCUCUAUCAUGCUUCUCAACGGUUUGUGUUCUCUGUAUUCGUACGUCGUAGAACAUAAAAUUAUCUGAGAGUCUGCACUUCACUGUGGAAAUUUGUUUAAUAUAAGCAGCAUUUCCUAUGGAAAAGCAAAAUGAUCUGCAAAGAAUAGAUUUUGCCAUUGUGAUUAUAUGUGACACAGAUCAGGGCUAGAAACGUUGAGUCCACUCUCAUGGAAUAAGUUAAAACAUUAAAUGAAUUAUUUCAUCUACAACCCCUGACUAGUACAAGGUAAAUUUAGGUGCUAUAUUUUCAGCCCUGAUAGACUUUAAUUUGAUAUUGGGCAAUGUAAAUAUUAUUAAACAUAUAACCAGAAGGGAGUAUUAGCAUUCUAGUUAUUUUUAUAAUUAUUUUUAACUGUUUUUGUUUUGGGUGAAGAACAAAAGUACUGGGGCAUCUAUAUUUCUAGCCUGCGGAGACCAGGAUGAAACUGAGAAACCUCUUCCAGAAUGCAUUUUGUUACCUUCACGGGGGCUUGGCAUGUGUUAAAGGCUUCUCAAAGCACCUUGACUCUCCAUUUCAGUGUGGAUUGUACAGCUACACGACAAACGCAAAAGGAAGCGCCUUCCAUGCAGAAAACUUCACCCAAUGGAUGUGGUAGAAUCAUAUCUAUUAACCAAGCUGAUCAGUUCCCCUCCCCAAUUUUUGUCGUUAUAAUGGCGUACAAAUUUAUGUUGAACAAGGACAUGUGUUCUAUUUAAAUCCAUAUAUAGUUUUUUUAACCACUGACUAUAAAAGGCCCUGUAUGACAAGCCAAGAGAAUCAUUGUUUUUGCUUGUGGUUUUUUUCUCUAUUCUUGUAUGUCGUUUUUUUUGUUUUGUUUUUUUAAAGAUUUCUUAUGUGUUGUAGAAAUCUGGUUUUAAUAUGUAAAUAUUUUAGCUUUUUUUUAUAUUCAACAUCCCAAUUCUUGCUAUUUUUCUUUGUUUUUCAUGGAGACAGUGGGAUACAAUCCAUUCUGGAAUGUCCCCAAUAGCACUUGCUUAUUGGACAGAUAACACGCACACAUAAGCAGAGACACCUAUCCAUUGCUAUUUGUCUUUUUUUUGUUUUUAACCCCCCCAAUCCUAAUUAUUAACUAUACUGUAGAAAGAACCAAACAAAAGUGUUUAACUGCUUUUUUUUUAGACCAUCAUGUAACAUUAACUUUUGUUUAUUUAAGUUGUGUUCAGAUCUUUAUUUGCUGUAAUGGCUAGCAGACAUGCUUUUCAAACAAUUGUUUGCAGCCUUUCCCAGCUAAUGAGAAGUUACUUAAUAGGCAACGACUCUACAUUUUACGGAAAAAAAGUGUAUUCCACUGAACAGAAUCUAAGGCUAUUUUUUAUUUAUACAUUGCAGCCCAUUUCUUUGCUGGAGAAAUGAAUUGCACCUCUAGCAUUGAAAGGGAUUGUACUGCUCAGUUAAAAGUAUUUAAAAAUGUCUGUCUGUUCCACCAAGUCAGAGGAAAUGGCAUGCUUUAUUAGAAAAAUGGACAAACCUCUCCAAGAAGAGUUGUUUGAAUUGAUAAAUACACAAAACGCUCUAGGGGGCUUAAUAUGUAUACAAUAAAAUAGACUUCAGUGUGUAAAGAAAAUUAAUUUUAUAACUGAUCUUUUUGUAUUGUAGGACAUUAAAUUGUACAUCUUUUGUAUAUAAAAGAUUAGGAAACUUUCUGUGUAGCAGAAAGCAAACACAUUCCUACACUUUUACUGUAUAUGUUUGUUAUAAUGUCCAUGUAAACAUAUGCCCCGUGUUCGUGCCUUUUUAAUUAGUUUGUCUCAAUAAACACAAUGUAGAGAAA